AUGGCCGAAGUCAUUGGACUUAAGCUCAAGGCGAUAAAGGGUUUGCCUGAAGCAUUUGCUGAAGUCGCGCUUAGAGUGCCGCUCGCUCAACAGAUCCUCCGCGAUGUCGAAGCUCGAUCUCAAGAAGCCUCAGAAGAGACCGUUAAAGCGAUCCUCGCAGUCGUGGAAUCUUGCAAGGGAAAUGCUGAGGCUCUGAAAACGAUAUUGGAGACUCUUGAUCCUGGACAGCCCACAUCGUCGUGGAACUUGCAUGUGGACAAGUAUAUUUCUUUGAUCAAGAGCUGCGGAAAGAAAGGACGUGUCGAAGACCUCAUGAAGAAGAUUCUCGAGGAUCUUUACACUCUGGCGAGCCAUCGGUCAAUAAAAGCGGCAAGCUCAGAGCAGCUUGAGAGCCUAAAGGAAGCCAUCGAGAAAGUUGAGAAGGUCAAGAAAUCGGUUCCAGAUGAAGUGUUGGAAGACGUAUCUAAGGUCAGCAUCUCUCACGGAGGACAUGGGCCAAUGGUGAAUCAAGUCGGUGAUCGUAACGAGGCAUGGACCCAUUUUGGUUCUGGACACAUCAACAACAUUGGUGGAGACGCUCAUUUUGGGGCAACAGCAGGUCAGUAG